AUGUUCAUAAAAAAAUAUAAUAACAUUUUUGAAAAAAAUGGUCAAAGAAUAAUACGCACAAUAACAUUAUGUAAUAAUUUUAGUUCAAUUAGAUUUUUUUUUUCCAAGUUUCCUUACAAAAAUAAAAAACCUUUAAAUAUCGAUUAUAUUAAUAAAAUUCAAAAGAAUAAUGAACAAAAUGAAGAAAUAAAAUAUAAGCAUAUUGAAGGAAGUAAUGUCUGUGAUAAGAUUAAUAUAGAAUAUAACUACAGACAUAAAUUUAAUUGUAAUCGAGGAAUAUAUAAAAAGGGUGAAGAUAAUAAAAUAAUAACUAAAAUAUGCGAAGAAUUAUAUGAAAAUAUAAAAAGAAAAGAAUAUAAUGAUUUUGAAAAUAAGUUGGUAUAUUCUAUUUCGCUAGCUGAUAAUGCAAUAGAAAUUUCACAGCUAAUAAAUGUAAUUAGCAAAUCAAAUUUUUUGAAAAUCCCUAAAGAGAUUAAAGAAUAUAAUGAUAACAAUAAAAUAAUAUCUUCAUAUGUAACCUUAAUUGACAAAAGCUUAAAAAUAUUUGAUAAUAUGCCAAUAAGGAGUAUAAGUUUAAUUUUAAACAGUAUGAUUAAAUUAGGUAUUUAUCACACACGUUUCAUUGACCUGUUUAUUAAAAAUAUAAGAAAUAUAUUAAAUGAAAGUAACAAUAUAGACUUAUGUAUAUUUUAUCAUUUUUAUGUUAAUGCGUUAAAUAAUGUUUUAAUUUUAAGAGAAAAUAUGGAAUAUAUAUUAAAAUUAUUUUUGGAUAAAAUAAAUAAUAUUGCUUUAGAAUUACAAAUAAAAAGUAUUUCAUCCAUUUUACGGUGUAAUAAAAAAUUAGUAAAAAAUAUUUUUUCUCAUAAUGGCAUAAAAGUUGACCUAUUAAAAAUAAGGGAAAAAAAAAUUAACGAAUCAAACAAAAUAAAUAAAGUCAGUACAGAACUGGAAAAGCAAACAAAUCAUGAUAGUUCCAUUUCGAAUAAAGACAAUUUAAAAAUAAUUAACGAAAUAAAUUCUAAGCUAAAAAAUAACUUUUAUAUAAAAAUGAAUUAUGGGAGUAUACAACAAUUAUGCAACAUAUUAGAAGAUUUAGAAUAUUUCGAUUUAAUUGAUAAUGAUAGUUAUUAUGAUAUUUUAAAUAUAUUAAAAUUUCCUAGUAAUAUUUAUAAAUUAAAAAAUAUAGAUUUUAUAAAUAUAUUAAAUAAUAUAAAAAGUAGAAAUAAUAAAUAUAAAGAUUUACUUCCAUUGUCUUAUUUUUCAUUUAUUUUUGAUAUUUUAAAAGAAAAAGAUUUUUCAGAAUGUUUAACUAAUGAUUUAGCUGAAUUAAUAAAAUUAAUACAAUAUUUUAAAAAAAUGUAUAAUAAUCUUAAUUUUUGCAUGAGCAAGUCAGAAAUUAUAUUAUUUAAAAGAAAUUUAAAUGAUGUGUUAUCAAUACCAACACUUAUUUAUAUUUUAUAUGAUUAUUCUAUAAUUAACAAGCGUGAUGCUUUAUUAAAUUCAUUUACUUUGAAAUUAUUUUACAGAAUAAUGGAUUGUUUAAAUAGUGAAGUAGUAAAUGAUAAUAAAAUUGUUAAAAAUGUUGACGAAUAUUUACCAAAAACUCAAAAUAGCGAAAAGCAUAAAUUAUUUGUUGAUAAUUUAAAAAAUAAUAAUAAUAAUAAUAAUAAUAAUAAUAAUAAUAAUAAUAAUAAUAAUAAUAAUAAUAAUAAUAAUAAUAAUAAUAAUAAUAAUAAUAAUAAUAAUAAUAAUAAUAUGCUUGAUUUAAACACACAUUUGUUACUAAUAAAAUCAGUUGAUAUGCUCAUAGAUAAAAGUGUAAUAAAUAAUAAUGAUUAUAUUUUUUGUAAAAAUUUUCUUUAUUUUGAUUUUUGUAACAAAUUUGAAUGUUCAAACGAUAUAAAAUGUGAGUAUGAUAAGUGUGAAAAAUAUAUUCAUUAUAAUUUAUAUAUAAUAGGUAUAUUCGGUAAAAUAAAACAUGAUGAUUUUAAUUUUUUAUUAUAUUUGGUAAAAAAUGCAUUAAUAUUAUCUGUUUAUUUUUCAACAAAAGAUAUAGUGAUGUUAUUAAGGGGUUUAAGUAAAUGUUCUUAUUUUAUUGAUAAAGUUAAUUAUUUAUUUUUUUAUUCGACAUUAAAUUAUUUAAGUUUUUUAAUAAUUAAAAAAAAUGAUAUGAAUUUUUUAGAUUUAAAUUGGAGUAACAAUAAUAAUAAUAAUAAUGGUGAUAAUAUCAGUUUAUUUGAAAAAAGGCAUUUCGCUAUAAAUAAAGUUAAAACAAAUUUUAACUUUAAUUUUAAUAAAAAUAAUUUUAAAGAGAUACUAAGCAUAACAAAUAAUAUGUAUAGACAAAUAGAAAAUAUAAUACAAAUAAAUUAUGAAUAUAUUAAUACCUUGGAAAUAAACCAAUUAAAUGAAAACAGAUUUAAUAAAUUGACCCAUUUAUCCGACUCAAUAUUAGAAGAAUUUGAGAAUAAAAUGAAGUUUCACAUUUAUGAAAAAGAAAAGAAUAAUAUUAUUGCAUAUAAUGAAAAACAAAUGUGUUAUAUGGAUUGUUGUAAUAUAUUAUAUUAUAUGAAUAAGUUGAACUAUAUAAAUCAUGAUAUUAUAAAAUUAGUAAUAAAAAAUAUGUAUGUAAAAAUUAAUUAUUUAAAAAAUGAGCACAUACUUAAAACAAUAAAUUCAUUAACUAUAAUAAAAAAUAUCGAUAAAGAGCUUCCUUCUUUUAAUUAUUUUAUUAAAAAAUUGUUGUUUCAAUUUUGUUACAAUAUUGGUAAUGUCAGUGAAAAUAGUAGGAAUUCCAGUUGUGUGCUUAAGAUAGAUGAAUUAAUAAAAAUGUUUUAUAUAAUCAGCAAAUUAUCCACAAAAAAUGAAUAUAAAAAUAAUUUAAUAAGAAAAUAUAUUUUAAUAUUAUUGGAAAAGUUACUCGAAAAAAAUAAGUACCCUCGUAUAAACAAUGGUCUUAUUAUUAUUAUUAAAGCUUUUAAAAAUAUGUAUCCAUAUCGAUAUAUAAAGCUAGUUAAAAUGGUCAUAAACUGUAUUAGUGACGAAAUUGGAAAUGAUGAAAUUUCUUAUACAGACCAUAAAAUGUGUUUGAAAAAUAAUGAAGAUAUUUUUAAGAAUGAAAGUAAUAAUUUAAUUAAUUUUGAUUUUUUAAAAACAUAUUUUUCUGUGUUGCCUACAUUAGUUAAUCCAACAACAAACAUUUAUUCUGAUAUAAAUGACGAAUAUUUAUUAACAAGUAAGAAAUUAUUCUCUAUAUUACAUGAACAGUUCAGAAAAAAUAAUUCCAUAAAAAAUUAUGCUAUAUUGGUAAUUGUGGAUUUUAUGAACAUUUCUUUUCAUUAUAUGGAUGAUUUCUUUUUGGAAAAUUAUCCUAAUUUAAUUUUAUACAUAAUUAGUGAAAAGGAAAUUUUAUCAAAGGAACAAUUUUGUUUAUUUUUGUUAAAUUUUAAAUAUUUAUCAAAUUGGGGACUCAAAAUUAAAGACAACCAAAUUAACGGAAACAGCUAUAACAUAGAUAGUCGAAAUAAAUAUACUGAAUUAUACAAUUCUAUUGAAAAAUGUUUUAACGAAUUUUUGAAUAAUGAUAAAAAUAAAUCUAUGAAUGAAAUAAUUUAUGGAGGUAAUAACCCCAAUGAUGGAGAUGGUAAAUUGAAUUAUGAUUUUAGUUUUAACAAAAAAAGGUUAACAUUUUUAGAUACAGAAGAUAAUGACGAGCAGGAAAUAAUUUCUAUGGAAUAUAACAGUGUUAAUAUAAAUGAUUUAUUUGAUAAAAAAAAAAAAAAUUUGAAUAGUGAUAUUGGAAAUAAAAAAGAAAAAAAAAAAAAUCCUUAUAAAUUUGGAGAAAAUAGUGAAAGAAAAGAAGGCAAAGAUGAAAUGUGUAGAAAGCAAAAAAAUAGAUUAAACGAGUUUGAAAUUAUUUUGAGGAAAUAUGCAUAUUGUCAGAAUAAUGCAAAAGAUAAAAUUGAAAUUGUAAAAAAUAAAAAAAUAUUUUUAUUUGAUAUUAAAUAUAUUGAAUUGAAAAAAAAUAUUAUUUUUGAAUUUUUGGAGGAAAACAAUUAUUUUAAGGAGCCUGAUGAUUCAACCAUAGAAUUGCUGCCACAUAUAAAUUUGCGAUUAUUAAUUCUAAAUAAAUUAAAUUUUUAUAUUUUUAUUAUGCCUUUUUUUGAAUGGGAUAGUUAUUAUGGUAGACUGGAAAAAGCUAAAGCGAUUUUCCACAAAUUAUUAAGCAUUACAAAUAAUACUAAUUCAUAUCCUAUACAAACAAAUAGGAACAGUGUUUUUUCAUCUAUUGGUCAAUAUAAGUAG